AUGUCACUCUCCGCAGAAUACCUUCAUGGCAUUGAUCAUUCCGACCCUCCUUCCGAGGACGACCUAGAUCUCGAAGAGCUCGAUCCGGAAUCUGCAAGGUAUCGCCAAGGGUCGAGGACAAGUCGAGACAAUAGUAGACAAGGUGAUGGCUACGGAGCUCGAAUAGCUUUAAGAAAUUUGCGCACUCGCAAAAGGAACCGCUUAUGGAAUCGAGAUCAUCAAGGGGCGGACCACGACCUCGACAGUUUAUUCGAUGACCGAGAUGAUAUCGCUUUCAAUGCACACGAGGAUGACGCCCCCCUUUUGAGUGGACAGAGAAGAAGCAACACUUCCUUUGACGACCGUCGUCCGGCCAAAGCUCGACUUCCCAGUCUCCGCUCCAACGCACCGUCGCGGAUCCCGGAUGCACCCUCAAGCUCUGCGUCCGCGCGAGAGGUUCUUGUGGGUCAGACACAACAUCUGAAGUUCCCAGCAAAUGCCGUCUCCAAUGCAAAAUACACCCCGUGGAGUUUUCUUCCGCGUACUCUCUAUAAUGAAUUUUCAUUCUUCUUUAAUCUGUACUUCUUGUUCGUGGCGCUCUCACAAGUCGUACCCGUGCUGCGAAUUGGUUAUAUGUCGUCGUAUAUCGCUCCGCUUGCUUUCGUCGUUGCUAUAUCCUUGGGUAAAGAAGCUUGGGAUGAUAUUGGACGAAGAAGAAGGGAUGCUGAAGCAAAUGCAGAAGAGUUUACUGUUUUGUCUUUUGGGCCGCCUGCUGGUGGAAACUCGAGAAUUGUGUCUGAUUCAAGGCUUGGCGAAAAUGUCUAUGAAAUUACGAAGAAGUCGCGAGAUUUAAAAGUCGGAGAAGUGCUGAAGAUGAAGAAGGACCAGCGACUGCCCGCAGAUGUUGUCAUCUUGAAAAGCACAGUGACGGAGUCGACUGUGCAGCCAGAUGCUGUCGAUAAUAUUCAGACACCUGAGGUUGACCUCCUUGAGGCAAGUUCAGAAGCUACCACGACAACCGAGACGAACGGAAAGGCGGGAAAUAAGGAAGAAGCAGUUCAAGCCAGCGGCGCCAGUGAUACCUUUAUACGUACUGAUCAGCUUGAUGGGGAGACCGAUUGGAAACUUCGGCUUCCGUCAACACUUUCUCAGACACUCGACUUGCGUGAUUUUCAACGCUUAAAAGUCCACGCCAGUGCCCCUGACAAGCGUAUCAACGACUUCGCAGGCAAAAUCGAAUUGCUUCCCCCUCUGUACAGCUCAUAUGAUCCCCCCGUCAACAAACAUACAGCCCCAGAGAGCAAUGACCCAAAUGAGAAUGCUGAGUCUGAAAGUGACAUUAAGUCUUCCCCGCUAAGUAUCGACAAUACCGCCUGGGCCAACACCGUACUUGCAUCAAACACCAUCACGUUUGCAGUCAUCAUCUAUACUGGAUCGCAGACUAGGUCUGCAAUGUCAACAUCGCCGUCGAGAUCCAAAAUCGGUCUACUUGAAUACGAAAUUAACAACCUGACCAAAAUUUUGUGCAUUUUGACUCUGUUACUAUCCAUAGUCCUGGUGGCACUUGAAGGUUUCCAACCCACAAAUGACAAAAAGUGGUAUGUCGCGAUAAUGAUCUACUUGAUUUUGUAUUCAACAAUCAUUCCUAUGAGUCUGCGGGUGAAUCUCGAUAUGGCAAAAACCAUAUACGGCAGAUUUAUAGAGCGCGAUCUCGAUAUUCCUGGAACCGUUGUCAGGACGAGCACAAUUCCUGAGGAUCUCGGUCGUAUUGAGUACUUACUUUCUGAUAAGACGGGCACACUGACGCAGAAUGAGAUGGAAUUGAAGAAAAUACAUGUUGGAACCGUUUCAUACGCGAAUGAAGCUAUGGACGAAGUUGCAUCAUACAUCAAACAAGGCUUUGUUGUAUCUGACAGCAGUCGGCAGUCUCUAAUUACACCAUCAACGGUUUUCGGCGCCCAAGUCGGUACCGGUGCUGCCACCAGAACGAGGAGAGAAAUCGGCACUAGAGUAAGGGACUUGUUAUUAGCGCUGGCUUUGUGCCACAAUGUCACCCCGACUACGGACGAGGAAGAUGGGCGCAGAGUUAUCAAUUAUCAGGCUUCCUCUCCUGACGAGAUUGCUAUUGUCAAGUACACAGAGGAGGUCGGGCUUCGAGUGGCUUACCGAGACCGAAAAACCAUAUUGCUUGAGUCGACAAAUACAAAUCAGGUUGUCGUUCGGGUCCAGAUUUUAGAAGUCUUUCCCUUUACAUCGGAGAGCAAGCGCAUGGGUAUCAUUGUUCAGUUCGACCAUGCCACAGCCGGUACCGCGCCAUCAGAAACCGAACCUGAAAUUUGGUUUUACCAAAAAGGCGCAGAUACAGUCAUGUCGUCGAUUGUUGCAGCGAACGAUUGGCUUGAUGAAGAAACUGCUAAUAUGGCGAGAGAAGGAUUGCGUACGCUGGUCGUUGGUCGGCGGAAGCUAUCUCUAGAGCAAUAUCGUGGCUUCACAGCUGCAUACAAGGAGGCCUCAAUGGCAUUACAGGACCGCGACACUGGAAUGGCAAAGGUUGUGGGUGGAUACCUUGAACGUAAUCUUGAGCUUUUAGGAGUUACCGGUGUAGAAGAUCGCCUUCAACGAGAUGUGAAGCCAUCCCUUGAAUUGCUUCGAAAUGCCGGAGUCAGAGUGUGGAUGUUGACUGGAGAUAAAGUCGAAACAGCAAGAUGUGUAGCAAUUUCCGCCAAGCUUGUUGCUCGGGGACAAUACAUUCACACCGUCUCUAAACUCAAAGAAAAAGCAGCAGCGCUCGAGACCCUAGAUUUUCUACGACAUAAGACUGAUGCUUGUCUUUUGAUCGAUGGAGAAUCGCUAUCUCUCAUGCUCAGCCAGUUUCGGUCUGCAUUCAUCACCGUGGCAGUCACUCUUCCUGCCGUGGUUGCUUGUCGAUGUUCUCCAACCCAGAAAGCAGAAGUCGCAGAAUUGAUUCGACAACAUACUAAGAAACGAGUCUGUUGUAUUGGCGACGGUGGUAACGAUGUCUCCAUGAUUCAGGCUGCCGAUGUGGGCAUUGGUAUUGUUGGAAAGGAGGGUCGACAAGCCUCUUUAGCUGCAGAUUUCAGCAUCACACAAUUCCACCAUAUCACUAAACUGCUGGUUUGGCACGGGCGCAACUCUUAUAAGCGAUCGGCUAAACUAGGUCAAUUCAUCAUGCACCGUGGUUUGAUCAUCAGUGCGUGUCAGACCAUGUACAGCAUCGCCAGUCAUUUCGAUCCGAAAGGCCUGUUCAUCAACUGGCUAAUGGUCGGGUAUGCAACUGUAUACACAAAUGCACCGGUUUUCUCACUUGUCCUUGAUAAAGAUGUCGACGAAGAGCUCGCCAAUUUAUACCCCGAACUAUACAAGGAGUUAAAGAGUGGCCGCAGCUUAAGCUAUCAGUCAUUUUUUGGCUGGGUUUUCAUCUCCGUCUACCAGGGUGCCGUUAUCCAAGGCUUGUCCCAACUCCUCUUGAACACAACUACUGGCAAACGUCUGAUCAGCGUCUCGUUCACAGCUCUGGUUCUCAAUGAGCUCAUCAUGGUCGCCAUAGCCGUUACAACCUGGCAUCCCAUUAUGAUAUUCUGCAUCGUCGGGACCGCAUUGGUAUAUGCAGCCAGCGUUCCGUUUUUAGGAGACUAUUUUGAUUUGGAGUUCAUUAUUACGGUAGACUGGCUUUGGCGUGUUGUUGCCGUAUGCGCUGUUUCUGUGAUACCUGUAUGGGUUGGCAAGGUCAUUAAACGAUCUUGGAAACCUCCAAGCUAUCGCAAAGUGCAAGCAUAG